GAUAGUAGACGCUCAUGAUGCUGGAAUCACCACCAUGGCUUUGAUCAAGAACUCUGAGAAAUCAUGUUGGGUGGUGACAGGAUCGUUUGACAAGACUGUCAAGAUGUGGUCAGAUGAUGGGAGGAUGGUUUACAAGUUGGGAUGUUUUAUCUCUACCAUAACAGGAUUAUGUUUCACCACUGUCACUGAAACACUGUGGGUAGCAGGAGGUUCAACAGCCCCCCUGCUGUUUGACCCAAAGUCUGGUGAUAAUAAGAGGAAGACUGAUAUCCUUGACAAGCGAGCGAUACUACGUUUAGUAUUUGUAAAGGAGUUGGAUCUGUUAGUAGGUGCCUGUCAGGACCACAAAGUUUAUGUGUGGAGUAAGGAAGUUGAAGAAGACAGAGCAUCAGCAACUAAACGGGACAGUUACUCUUCUUCCAGUGGACAAAAUAAAGAUAUGGAUAGCGAACUCGUCAAGGUGAGUGGUGGUUGGGAUGGUAAGAUCAUACUGUGGGACCUGAAAAGUAAAUGCCUAAAAGAUACCAAGGAUUUUUCUGAAGCCCACAGAAUGAUCUUAGACUUGGCUGUUAACCCAGAAAA